GCACUUAGCAUCAAAACGAAUAGUUAAUGUACAUGUUGGCCACUAUUUCCGUACUAGUUUUUGGUCUUCUGUGCGCUUUUUACAUUGGUCAGAGAAGACGCAUUGAAUAUUUGUUGUUUGUGACAUUGACAUCUGGUCAGGCCUGCACGAUGAGUUCUUUGGUAACAAAUUUUUAUUCUAGCUCACUUGUUAAGUAUGCGGUUGCAGGAGCAGGGCUUUGUUUUCUGGGAUAUUGUAUAUAUUUUGACAACAAACGCAGAAGCCAUCCGGAUUUCAAGAAAAGAUUAAAAGAGCGUCGUCAACAUUCAAAAGUGGGAAAGUCUUCAAAAUCUGGUGAUAUUCAGCUUCCAGACUUACAGAACCAGGAGGCUGUUCAGAAGUUUUUCUUUGAGCAAGUUCAACUUGGAGAAGAGCUGCUGGCAGCAGGUGAUGUUGAGAGAGCAGUAGAUCAUCUUAGUAAUGCAGUGCCACUGUGUGGACAGCCCCAGCAACUCUUACAGGUUCUGGAACAGACUCUACCUCCUCAGGUCUUCCAGCUUCUAGUCCAGAAGCUUCCAGAGGUCAACAAGCGUUAUGCUUCAAUGUUUGCAUCUUCAAUGACCAUACCCUCACCUGCAGCUGCAUCUAAAGGACCAACCCUUACUUUAGCAGAAGAUGACAUGGACUGAGGCAGAGAACCUCUGAACAAAGAAAUGAUUGAAGUGUCAUAGAUGUGUUAACCGUUCAAUGAUUAAAACACAACAGACCAAUACUUUACAUGGAUACAUUUGAUAUGAACAUUGUACUUAAAAUAAUGUCAGUGGUUUUAAUACAUUUGAAAUGUGUUUAUAUUUAUGUGUAUACAAAAUGGCUUGAAUCAAUAAACAUAAUUUUGACA